UUUCCAGCUCCCAGCCCGCCAUGCCGUCCCCGCCGUCGGAGCUGUCGGAGUUCGGCGAGGCCGCCCCGUACCUGCGCAAGUCGGAGCAGGAGCGGCUGGCGGCGCAGACGCGGCCGUUCGACCUGAAGCGCGACAUCUUCGUCCCCGACGACACCAUGGAGUUCGUCAAGGCCACCAUCGUCAGCCGUGACGGGAACAUGGUCACCGCCAACACCGAGCACGGCAAGACGGUGACGGUGAGGGAGGACCAGAUCAUGCAGCAGAACCCUCCCAAGUACGAUAAAAUUGAGGACAUGGCCAUGAUGACCCACCUCCAUGAACCCGCUGUGCUGUACAACCUCAAAGAGCGUUAUGCAGCCUGGAUGAUCUACACCUACUCGGGCCUCUUCUGUGUCACUGUCAACCCCUACAAGUGGCUGCCGGUGUACAACCCGGAGGUGGUGUUGGCCUACCGAGGCAAAAAGCGCCAGGAGGCUCCUCCACACAUCUUCUCCAUCUCUGACAACGCCUAUCAGUUCAUGCUGACUGAUCGGGAGAACCAGUCCAUCCUCAUCACUGGAGAAUCCGGUGCUGGGAAGACGGUGAACACCAAGAGGGUCAUUCAAUACUUCGCUGUCAUUGCUGCCAUCGGCGACCGCGGCAAGAAGGAGCCUGGGACGCCGGGGAAGGGAACACUUGAGGAUCAAAUCAUCAGUGCCAACCCCCUGCUGGAGGCCUUUGGAAAUGCCAAGACUGUGAGGAAUGACAACUCCUCACGCUUUGGUAAAUUCAUCCGUAUCCACUUCGGGGCCACCGGAAAGCUGGCGUCGGCGGAUAUUGAGACCUACCUCCUGGAGAAGUCCCGAGUCAUCUUCCAGCUGAAGGCUGAGAGAAACUACCACAUCUUCUACCAGAUCAUGUCCAACAAGAAGCCAGAGCUUCUGGACAUGAUGCUGGUGACCAACAACCCCUACGACUACGCCUUCAUCUCCCAAGGAGAGACCACGGUGCCAUCCAUCGAUGAUGGCGAGGAGCUGUUGGCCACGGACAGUGCCAUUGACAUCCUGGGCUUCACUGCUGAUGAAAAAACAGCCAUCUACAAGCUGACAGGGGCUGUCAUGCACUAUGGGAACUUGAAGUUCAAGCAGAAGCAGCGAGAGGAGCAGGCAGAGCCAGAUGGCACAGAAGAGGCGGACAAGUCGGCUUAUCUGAUGGGGCUGAACUCGGCUGACCUCCUCAAGGGGUUGUGCCAUCCCCGGGUGAAGGUGGGCAACGAAUACGUCACCAAGGGGCAGAACGUCCAGCAGGUGAACAAUUCAGUUGGUGCUCUGGCAAAGGCUGUCUAUGAGAAGAUGUUCUUGUGGAUGGUUGUUCGCAUCAACCAGCAGCUGGAUACCAAGCAGCCCCGGCAGUACUUCAUUGGUGUCCUGGACAUUGCUGGCUUUGAGAUCUUUGAUUUCAACAGCUUUGAGCAGCUGUGCAUCAACUUCACCAAUGAGAAACUGCAACAGUUCUUCAACCACCACAUGUUUGUGCUGGAACAAGAGGAGUACAAGAAGGAAGGCAUUGAAUGGGAGUUCAUUGACUUUGGGAUGGACCUGGCUGCCUGCAUUGAGCUCAUUGAGAAGCCCAUGGGCAUCAUGUCCAUCUUGGAGGAGGAGUGCAUGUUCCCCAAGGCCACGGACAUGACCUUCAAGGCCAAACUCUUCGACAACCACUUGGGGAAAUCGGCCAAUUUUGGGAAACCCCGUAAUAUCAAAGGGAAGCCUGAAGCUCACUUUGCCCUGGUGCACUACGCGGGCACGGUAGACUAUAACAUCAUUGGCUGGCUGCAGAAGAACAAGGACCCUCUGAAUGAAACUGUGGUGGGGCUCUACCAGAAGUCAGCCCUCAAGCUAUUGGCCAGUCUCUUCUCCAACUACGCCGGAGCCGAUGCACCUGUGGAGAAGGGGAAAGGAGCCAAGAAGAAAGGUUCCUCCUUCCAGACUGUCUCAGCCCUGCACCGGGAGAACCUAAACAAGCUGAUGACCAACCUACGGAGCACUCACCCCCAUUUUGUCCGCUGCAUCAUCCCCAAUGAGACCAAGUCUCCUGGUGUGAUGGACAACUCCCUGGUGAUGCACCAGCUCCGCUGUAAUGGUGUCCUGGAAGGCAUCCGCAUCUGCCGUAAGGGUUUCCCCAACCGGAUCCUCUACGGGGACUUCCGUCAGAGGUAUCGCAUCCUGAACCCCACAGCCAUCCCUGAGGGACAGUUCAUUGAUAGCAAGAAAGCUUCUGAGAAGCUUCUUGGGUCAAUCGAUGUGGACCACACCCAGUACAAAUUUGGUCACACCAAGGUUUUCUUUAAGGCUGGGCUUCUGGGGCUGCUGGAGGAGAUGCGUGAUGAACGCCUGGCUCGCAUCAUGACCCGCCUGCAGGCCCAAGUCCGUGGCUUCCUCUCCAGGCAGGAGUUCAAGAAGAUCUUGGAGCGCCGGGACUCUCUGCUGGUCAUCCAGUACAAUGUUCGUGCCUUCAUGAAUGUCAAGCACUGGCCCUGGAUGAAGCUGUUCUUCAAGAUCAAGCCCCUGCUGAAGAGUGCAGAGUCUGAGAAGGAGAUGCAGACGAUGAAGGAGGAAUUUGGGCGCCUGAAGGAGGCCUUGGAGAAGUCUGAGGCAAAGAGGAAGGAGCUGGAGGAGAAAAUGGUGUCCAUGCUGCAGGAGAAAAAUGACCUGCAGCUCCAAGUGCAGGCCGAGCAAGACAAUCUUGCUGAUGCCGAGGAGCGCUGCGAUCAGCUGAUCAAGAACAAGAUCCAGCUGGAGGCCAAAGUGAAGGAGAUGACUGAGAGGUUGGAGGAUGAGGAGGAGAUGAAUGCUGAGCUGACAGCCAAGAAGAGGAAACUGGAAGAUGAAUGUUCAGAGCUGAAGAAAGACAUAGAUGACCUGGAGUUAACAUUGGCCAAAGUUGAGAAGGAAAAGCAUGCCACUGAAAACAAGGUGAAAAACCUCACAGAGGAGAUGGCAGCCCUGGAUGAGACCAUUGCCAAGCUGACAAAAGAGAAGAAAGCCCUCCAAGAGGCCCAUCAGCAGACACUGGAUGACCUGCAGGCUGAAGAGGACAAAGUCAAUACUCUGACCAAAGCUAAAACCAAGCUGGAGCAGCAAGUGGAUGAUCUGGAGAGCUCACUGGAGCAGGAGAAGAAGAUCCGGAUGGACCUGGAAAGAGCCAAGAGGAAGCUGGAAGGAGACUUGAAGCUGACCCAGGAGAGUGUUAUGGACCUGGAGAAUGACAAGCAGCAGCUGGAGGAGAGGCUGAAAAAGAAAGACUUUGAGCUCAAUGCGCUCAAUGCUCGAAUUGAGGAUGAACAAGCAGUUGCUGGCCAGCUUCAGAAGAAGCUCAAAGAGCUCCAGGCAAGAAUUGAGGAGCUGGAAGAGGAGCUGGAGGCGGAGAGGACGGGACGGGCCAAGGUGGAGAAGCUGCGCUCAGAUCUGUCCAGGGAGCUGGAGGAGAUCAGUGAGCGCCUGGAGGAAGCAGGAGGGGCUACAGCAGCUCAGAUCGAUAUGAACAAGAAGCGUGAGGCAGAAUUUCAGAAGAUGCGCCGUGACCUUGAAGAGGCCACGCUGCAGCACGAAGCCACGGCUGCCGCCCUGCGGAAGAAGCAUGCGGACAGCACAGCGGAGCUUGGGGAGCAGAUCGACAACCUGCAGCGAGUCAAGCAGAAGCUGGAGAAGGAGAAGAGUGAGCUAAAGCUGGAGCUGGAUGAUGUCAGCUCCAACAUGGAGCAGCUCAUCAAGGCCAAGGCCAACCUGGAGAAGAUGUGCCGCACCACCGAGGACCAGAUGAACGAGCACCGCAGCAAAUCAGAGGAGGCACAGCGCAUGGUUGCAGACCUCAGCACCCAGCGAGCCAAGCUGCAGACAGAGAAUGGCGAGCUCUCGAGGCAGCUGGAGGAGAAGGAAGCUUUCAUCAACCAGCUGAUGCGUGGGAAACUCACCUACACCCAGCAGCUGGAGGACCUGAAGAGGCAGCUCGAGGAGGAAGCCAAAGCCAAGAACGCCCUGGCCCAUGCCUUGCAGUCUGCUCGCCAUGACUGUGACUUGCUCCGGGAACAAUAUGAGGAGGAGCAGGAAGCCAAGGGGGAGCUGCAGCGUGCCCUGUCCAAGGCCAACAGCGAAGUGGCCCAGUGGAGAACCAAAUACGAGACAGAUGCUAUUCAGCGCACAGAGGAGCUGGAGGAGGCCAAGAAGAAGCUGGCGCAGCGCCUGCAGGAUGCUGAGGAGGCAGUGGAAGCUGUGAAUGCCAAGUGUGCUUCCUUGGAAAAGACAAAGCAGAGGCUGCAGAAUGAGGUGGAGGACCUGAUGAUUGAUGUGGAGAGAUCAAAUGCUGCCUGCGCAGCUCUGGACAAGAAGCAGAAGAACUUUGACAAGAUCCUGGCAGAGUGGAAGCAGAAGUACGAGGAAACGCAGGCUGAGCUGGAGGCCUCCCAGAAGGAGUCUCGGUCCCUCAGCACAGAGCUGUUUAAGAUGAAGAAUGCCUAUGAGGAGUCCCUGGACCACCUGGAAACCCUGAAGCGUGAGAACAAGAACCUCCAAGAGGAGAUCUCGGAUCUGACGGAGCAGCUGGGAGCCAGCCACAAGACCAUCCACGAGCUGGAGAAGGUCCGGAAGCAGCUGGAUGCUGAGAAGAUGGAGCUUCAAGCAGCUUUGGAGGAGGCCGAGGCAUCCCUGGAGCACGAGGAGGGGAAGAUCCUGAGGGCUCAGCUGGAGUUUAACCAAGUGAAGGCAGACUACGAGCGUAAGCUGGCGGAGAAGGAUGAGGAGAUGGAGCAGCUGAAGAGAAACCACCUCAGAAUUGUGGAGUCCAUGCAGAGCACCCUGGAUGCUGAGAUCAGGAGCAGGAAUGAAGCCCUGAGACUGAAGAAGAAGAUGGAGGGAGACCUGAAUGAAAUGGAGAUCCAGCUGAGCCAUGCCAACCGCAUGGCUGCAGAGGCACAAAAGCAAGUCAAGGCCUUGCAGGGUUACCUCAAGGACUCCCAGUUGCAGUUGGAUGACGCGUUACGCGCCAACGAGGACCUGAAGGAGAACAUCGCCAUCGUGGAGCGGCGGAACAACCUCCUCCAAUCGGAGCUGGAGGAGCUGCGCGCCGCGCUGGAGCAGAGCGAGAGGAGCCGCAAGAUGGCGGAGCAGGAGCUGAUCGAGGCCAGCGAGCGCGUCCAGCUCCUCCACUCACAGAACACCAGCUUGAUCAACCCGAAGAAAAAGCUGGAAACAGACAUUUCCCAAAUUCAGAGUGAGAUGGAGGAUACCAUCCAGGAAGCCCGCAAUGCUGAAGAGAAGGCCAAGAAGGCCAUCACUGAUGCAGCCAUGAUGGCAGAAGAGCUGAAGAAGGAGCAGGACACCAGUGCCCACCUGGAGAGGAUGAAGAAGAACCUGGACCAGACGGUGAAGGACCUGCAGCUCCGUCUGGAUGAGGCAGAGCAGCUGGCCCUGAAGGGAGGCAAGAAGCAAAUCCAGAAGCUGGAGGCUCGAGUGCGGGAGCUGGAGAAUGAGCUGGAGGCCGAGCAGAAGCACAAUGCUGAGAGCAUCAAGGGACUCCGCAAGUCAGAGCGGCGUGUCAAGGAGCUCAGCUACCAGACUGAGGAAGACCGGAAGAAUAUUCUCAGGCUCCAGGACCUGGUGGACAAGCUGCAGCUGAAGGUGAAAGCCUACAAGAGGCAGGCUGAGGAGGCUGAGGAGCUGUCCAAUGUCAACCUGGCCAAGUUCCGCAAGAUCCAGCACGAGCUGGAGGAAGCCGAGGAGCGGGCUGACAUUGCAGAGUCACAGGUCAACAAGCUCCGAGCAAAGAGCCGCGACAUCGGAGCCAAGAAAGGACUCAAUGAGGAGUGAGACCUCCGGCAGAUCCACUCUCCUGCCCCACAUCCCAUCAGUUCCCUUCUCUGCCCCACAACUUCCCCUUUGGGCCAAUAAAACUCCUUCAGCAACAGUG